AUGCUUUUCGGGAUCUUCUACCUCUCGCUGGCUUCAGCCGUCUCGGCGAAGUACACUUGUCGCCAGUACAGCCCGGGUCAUAUUACGUGUCAGGCUCGCAAUCCCCAGUGCCGGAUCACUGACGAUCAUUCUCUGAGCUUCAGCGAGCGGCAUGAGAUCCUCGCGGCUCAUAACCACAUCCGCCGCGAGGCCGCCAAGGGUCUUCUGAGGGGAUUCGGAUUGCCCGAAGCAGCCAAUAUGAAAAAAAUGGAAUACGAUGACGACUUGGCAAAUAACGCCCAAGCUCACGUAGAGGUCUUCUGUCAGUUACAUCACGACCAACCCUGGCAGCGAAUCACAGGACUUUAUCCCGACGUUGGACAAAACGUUUACAUCACUGAGGUGAAGUAUCAGAAGCUCCAAGAGGAUUCAUGGUCCAAUGUUAUAGAGAGCUUGUGGGGCAGGAACGAGGCCGCCUUAUUGCGCGGGGGUCACUUCGGACGGGGAAUGACUUUGCGCGGUUAUAACCUCCACGGAACGGGGCAUCUGACGCAGCUCCUUUGGGCAGAAACCGAGAGAGUUGGCUGCGGGAAAAUUAUCUUUGAGAAAAACGGCGGAACGAGCGAUCUAAGAACCUGCGAUUACGGUGAAGGUGGAAAUAUCAUCGGCUCCGAAAUGUACGUCGAGGGUCCAGCGUGCAGCGCGUGUCCCGCGACCCACCCUUAUUGCGAUGACGCUCUCUGCUCACGAGUUCCCGCAGGCACCUUCAGCCACCCGAGAACUUCUCAUCGAGCUACAGCCGGCUCUGAUUACCACACCGACGUCACGCCUACAGCCUACUACGGCCCUCGACCAUACCAGCAAGCCCACCCCCAUCUCGAUCGUAGUCCUGCACCACACGUUUGGUGGAACGCUGCGACCGUGGGGAGCUCUUAUCCGCAGAUCUCUCACUACAAGGCCUUCCAUGUAGGCGCUGCUAGUCCAAGGGAUCACCUGAGUGGCUUUGAGAAGACUUUCAACUACCAGGCUUUCACGGUGCUCCGCAGGAAGAAGCGAGGACUAAGGGAAGGGCAUCCGAAUCCGGCGGCCGGCGCCGUCAGAGGCUGGUUUGAGGAGCAACCAUAUUGGCAAAGGCGGGGCGAGCCAGCUCGUAGCAGUUUUCGAAACUCCGAAUACUAUCGUAGUUCCAUACUUAGGGCGCAGAGACGAAUAUCAAUCUCGAGAAUCCUCGGAGUGAAGAACCGGAAAAUGGCGGAGCUCUCUGCACAGCACAGAGCCCUAUCGGGAAUCAACUCCUAA